AUGCAGGCAAAGGCCAUGGCUCCCGGUGGCGGUGCUCUCCGUCUCCAGGGAACGACGACGACCACGGGCGCGCGGCCAGACAAGUCCCGUCUCUGGACGACGCGGCUCCAGAAGGAGCUCGAGGGGCUCUGGGCCGACCCGCCCGAGUGGUGCGUCCCCGGCGCCGACGCGACGGACCUCUUCCACUGGCAGGUCGUCGUCGUCGGCCCCCGAGGUAGCCCCUACGACGGGGGAGUGUUCGCCGUCCGCUUCAAGUUCCCUCGCCACUACCCCUUGAAGCCUCCCAAGGUCACCUUCGCAACCAAGGUGUACCACCCGAACAUCGAUCCGAGGAGUGGACUGGUUUGCCUGGACUUCCUGACUGACAACAAGCACUGGUGGACGCCGGCUUGGACGGUGGACAAGAUUCUCCUGGUCAUAGUCUCGCUCUUGCACGAGCCUGUCAUGGAUGGCCGCGCCAUCAACCCCGACGCAGCGAGCCUCUACAAGCGGAAGAGACCCAGGUAUAUGGAGAUCGCGAGGGCCAAGACCCUGGAGCACGCCACGGCGUCGGCGUCUUCAGAGAAGGAGCGUCCGCAAUCCCGGGGCGUUUCGCUGUGCCGUCGGCUCAUGGCAAGGGUGGCGUUUCUUCAGACUUCAGGAUAG